GUGCUAAUAACUAUUAUUCACGACCCCAAGAAAAGGCAAAGAGAGUCAAAACAAAAAUAAAAAGCCCUCCCUGUCCUCCAUUUUCACAACUCUGAGCUUCUUUCUUUCUUUCUCUCUCUCUCGCGAGCUAGAAAUGGAGAACUUCAGAUCUCGGUCGUGCAGAGAUGGCGGCGGCGGCGGAGGGGGGAUGCAGAUGGAGGUUUACAACGGGAACAGAGCAGCUCCGACGAGCAUGCGCGAUCUGAGGUGCUACAGCGCCAAUUACGCCGGUUCUUCGGCUCCGGCACCGGCACCGGGUCCUCCGUCAGCGAACGAGGCGAAGAUCAAGAAAGCGAAAAGCAGUGUUGGGUCGACCUCGAAGAGCUGGAGCUUGAACGAUCCUGAGUUGCAGAGGAAGAAAAGGGUGGCUGGGUAUAAGGCUUACGCCGUUGAGGGGAAGAUGAAAGGUUCUUUUCGAAAAAGCUUCAGGUGGAUCAAAAGUACUUACACUCAAGUCAUCUAUGGCUGGCGCUGAUCAUUGGGUAUUUUUCAUUUUCCUUUCUUCUAUAAUAUAUAUAUAUAUAUAUAUAUCCUUCUGUUCUGGGUCUGAGUUCUAGUUCAUGUUAAUUGUUAUGAACUGUCAAGUUCUAUCUAUUAAGUUUUUUUUUUGUUCUUUUGAUUUUCAAUUUGACAGAAUUAUUGAAAAUCCUAUAUUAGUUGUUGGAUCCUAAAGCCAACUGAUAAAGAUCUGAACAAAUAAUAAUAAUAAUCAUAGCAAUUAUAUCA